UCAUAUUGGUUUGGUAAAAUGGAAGUCCAUGUUCUUUAAACUGCCAACUAGAUAGAUCGAUCGUUAUUCUGGACUUUAAACUGGAAAAAAUAGGCUACCGGAGCAGUGUUUUCGCCGCUCUCAUACGAUGAUACCAGACUGUUAAGACGCUCUUAAUGCAGGUCUAAUUAAAUCUGCGCUUGAUUUUAGCGUGAAUUUAAAAAUAGUGCAGCAAUUAUCAGACGUGACAUGUUGACGAGAAAAACAACCUGGCGCGGUGCGCAGACGGUUAAGAUUCAGAGGGAGUAACACUCCAAUUUUGGAACAGCCAGAAACAUUAAUCUGAUGAAUUGACCUGCCGGCGGAAUGUGAUAUCCAGCGGCCUAAUGACCUGUCAAUAUUUUGGCCCCACCCCCGGCGGUGAUGUGAACUCUGUUAGCCAAUCAGCGCCAUUUACCGACACACAAAAGCGAGGUUGAUUGAUAUGCAAACGUUGAGGAAUGCAGUUCAAAGAGGCCAAAGGACUGAAUACACAUUUUCGCGAUGUACUAUGUCAGCACGAUUAUUCAUUUUCCUCGAUUGAUCGCAGGGCUUUGUCAGGCUAAUGUUACUUGCUAAGGGCUGUUUCUUCGCACGCAUAGAAUUUGUAAGCUUCAUAAAUCCCAUGGUGUGACUGGAAAGAGAGGCAAAUGCCAUGCACACAACUGCGCCGGCUUUAUGGAGUCAGCAAGCCUUCGUGUCCUGGAUGCCAUGUUUAAUUUUGGACAGCUAAGCUGGAAUUAAAAAGAGCGCUUAUGUCAUCGGUGGUUUGUGAUUAUCAUCAACACGAGCAAUAUGGAAGUCGAUAGGUGCAGCAAGUGGAAUUAUUAACGCACACAACGCCAAAAUGGAAGGUCGACCCGAGUUUUCGUCUCUACAGGACCGAAAUCGGCUGAUCCCGAGUCACAGUUCAAGUCCUAGCGCAGGGACGUUGUUACCGAGCGGGUAUGCGGCGGCAGAUCCAGCGGCGGCGGUGAUGGUAAACAGGACCGGCGAGUUAGGUCGAGUUGCGACCCCCAGCUCGGCUUUAACGUCUCUGGCAGAGUAUUCUCAAGGGAGGUACAUGACGCCAGCCAUGCCUGCUAUCCACACGGGGACAGGGUUUCCACGUUAUGGACUGGGGGCAGCCACGGGUCAGUUGUACCCGCCGUAUCUCCCUCUCGACGCCGGUGGGGGAGUGUCUUUCUUCCCUACGCACGCUGCGCCCGGGACGUCGGCGCAGCCUUACCAUAGGAUCUACGAUCUUCACCGAGAAGCCCUAGCUGCAGCCAGUAAAGCAUCUGCCAGUAUCUCCUCCCCAUUAUCAAGCAAUGUCAGCCAUGCUGUUGCCUCGGAGACAGCAAUGUCCACAGCCAAGUGCGAAAGUCUCAGCUCAAAUUCUGUCAGUGCAAAAGCGGAAUCAAAGAAACAAUCAGACGUGCGAGGUUCAAAUGGCAAAAGUGAAAGUGAGAAUCAAAAACACGGACGUGAGUCUGGAUCAAUUCCUAAUUCUGUUGUUAAAAAGGAAAAGUCACCUGAGCCUAGAGUGAGACCAGAAGUGUCUAAGGAAUAUAUGAUUAAGAAGGAGACGAAUAGCAUCAAAAGAAGCGCAGAGAUUAGUUUGUCACAGGGAAAAUUGACCAAGUCUGACACUGGUCACAAAACUAAGUCAAACAGAGAAAACUCUGUAGAUGCGGGACGGACAAAAGGCCAUGAUUUUAAAAAGAAAUCGGAAGUUGUAAAACAUUCCACAGGAGGCAUGCUUGGAUCAAAAAUUAUGAAUGGUGAUGCCUGUCCUGCCAUUCCUGCCUCAUCAAUUCCAACACCCAUAACUGGAGCUCAGAGUGCUGUUGCCACGGUGACAUCUGGAGCUCCCGAUAUAGGGGUUUCUAAUGUAGUGCCAGGGGCAGUUACUGUCACCCAAGGGGGAGGUGUACAACAACCAGGGGUGGUGGUGACAGUCCCUGGGGAGAAGACACAUGGGACAGGGCCUUCCAGCUCGGGAGGCUUAACGCCAGCAGUGAUGACCGGCCCAGGGGCAGCUAUCAGUGGUGCAGCUGUCAAUGUCCAAGGGUCAGGUGUUAACGGAACAGUAGCAGCCAAUGGCCUUGGGGUGGGGAUUUACAGCAUUUUUCCAACAGCCAGAUCGAAAGACACAGUUGGUUCUUAUUCAGGUGGCAGCGGUGGUCCAGCACAGGUGACAGAUGUGAAGCAAUUGGGUCCUCAACUGACCACUGCUACGUCCUCAUCAACAUAUCUGCUGCCUUAUUAUCAGACGUUAUAUUCCUGCAGCAUGCAACAAGAGGGGAAUCAACAUGGCCGCAAGGUUCAUGCCACAACUUAUACCCCAGAAGUCGGCACUCUGCCCAGUAUGACCUGUACCACGCCAUCAGUGGCUGUUGCUAAGGCCAGUGCCGGAGAGAUGAAAUCAAAGUCAGAAACAAUCAAAGCCAGCAGUUCAGAUGGAUCAAAAUUUGCCUCGGAGCCACCAGUCACUGGAGCUCCUAAUCCCACCCCAAUGGUCACACACAGAGAAGAACGCAACAUGGCUACAGCUAAGUCAACAAAAUUUAGUAAGAAAUCAACUACCAGAGGCACGGCAGAAGAAAACACAGCCACUAAAGCAAAACCAUCUGAAAAGACUGACCCCAAAUCAAAUGAAGAUCAGCCCAGUGAUAGGGUUUCAGUACACAGUGCAAUAACUCAGCCAGCCUUGAGAGCUGUGGAAAAUAAAAUUGACAGCGCUGUAACUGCUGUAAAGUCAAAUGUCACUGCCAGUAUGUCACAUCAUGUUAAUAGUUCAGGCACGGCAGGUGGUGGUUGUAGUGGCAUCAUUUCACAGCCAACUUUAGUCCCCGCUUCUUCUGUCACAUACCCCUCUGUACAAGUAGACGCCCCACAGGUCCCCUCACAGCUUGACGGCCACCACAUGAGCCCUACAAUGACACAGUCAACCGACAGCAAGGGCAACUUGACUCCUACUAACACAUCCCAGGCCCCACAACAGGAGAAUCGCCACAUGGUGUACGACUGGGGUCACCCAACCAUGGCCAGCUCUCACAUUGCAGCUCUGGCUGCACAGCAUGGCUAUAUCAUCCCAUACGACCACCUGCACCCAAGACUGUACUCAGAAGAAGAAAAGAAAAGACUAAUGGAAGCAGGAUGGUUGCCCAGACAGAUGGUUACCAUGCCAACGACAAAAUCUGGCAGUGACCCUAGAAAUUUCAGUGUUGAAAGCCAGCAAAGUACAGCUCAGAACAGGGAACAUGGGGGAGAGAGAAAGGAGAGUGGUGCUGCAUCAAAGACUAGUGAAGGCCAAAAUAUCCCUGUAGGAAUUGCAGUUGCUAGGCAGAGACAGGAACAAAGUAACACAAGAGAUGAUGAAGUGGAAAGUAGCAGUGGAGAUGAAAUUGGAGAUCAGGGUCAAUCACAGCAGACGUCCCAACAGGCAGAGUACCGGGCCCAAAAUCAGGCCAGAGAGCACAGGGAACGGGAGGAAUUCCUCAGAGAGCAAAAAGAUAUCCUGUCUUCCAGUUCUCGCACAGCGGGAGUGAAUACUGUGAGAGACAUCAGAACUGAUCUGGGAUCUAACUUAAUAGUGACAGGAGGUGCCAGUUCAACAAACAGUACAUCAUGGAGAGAGAUGGAGCCCAAUGGUCUGAGAGGCCACAUCCCAUGGCUACAGACCAGUCACCCUGUGGGGCCGGCUGCUGCAGCAUUAUGGGUAGGACAGGGCCCAUAUGGCGUCCCUACAGCUGUGCCACCUAACUCGUCAGGAAUGGAAGCCUCCCACCUCCCAGUGAAUCCCACUGGUGCAGGGUACAAGUUGGCACAAGACCCAGUGACUGGUCAGCUCUUCCUCAUAUCAGCUGCCAAUAUAGAUCACAGUCGGGUGUGGCAAGGUUUUAACAACAGCACCACUCUACAGCACAGCCAUCAGCUUCAACAACUCAUGGUACAGCAACAACAACAGGCUUUACAACAACAACAGCAACAGCAGCAACAGCAGCAACAGCAGGAGAGACAUCAACAGCAAGAAAGACAUCAUCAUCAUCAUCAACAGCAGCAGCAGCAACAAAGCUUGGAAUAUGCUCUUGCUUUGCAGCAGCAUUAUCAGCAGCAGAUGGCCCAGCAACAGGAGCAGCAUGAACAAGCCCACCGAGAGAAAGAAAAAAUGUUAGGUGCUGAGGCAGGGAAGGCCCUCCACCCACCUGCACAUAGCCAGGCCUCCCCAGGGUCAGACCACAAGGGGAAACCCAUCCAUAACCCACAGUCCGGUCACUACAUUCCCAGUCUGACUGCGGCAGGACAACCCGGUUAUCCCUACACUGCCUUUCCACAUCCCAUAUUUUACGACCAGAGUCAGUUAUUGCAAUUUACCAGAGGAUACCCUGCCGCAGAGACAGGUCCACACACAGUGAAGACAUCUGUAAGCACAAUGUCUAGAGGAACGUCUCCCAUUACAGUAAGUGCAACAGAGGCGCCACCUACAGUUGUGAUGACAGACUCAUGCUGUCAAACUGUGGAUCAGAAAGAGGAUCAGAAGGUGCUGGCUGAUGCUGGCGUACAGACUCUUCCUGAGGAGAAUCCAGGAGUUUUAGUGACUAAAAAUUUAGGAAUCUCAGCAGAGAGAUUGCAUUCACAAGAAUCUUCUGUCCCAACGAGAAGUCGGGAAGCAUCAGUAGAAAGAACAGUGCAUUCAAAGCCUCCACAGCUGGAGAGGUCAGAUCUUCCAAAUGAUGCUAUUAUUCUGAGUGGACUCCGUGCUUUGAGGGAAGGCACACCACCGCCCCCUACACUACAGACAAUCAGAACUGAGCCAUCUUUGUCACAGAUAAACUUUCCCACAAGUCACAACUCAGACAGACAAUUUUGCCACAUGCCAUCAACUAGUCUUAACACAGAUAUUACAAUGGCUUACAUUGAUCCACAGGUCUUGCAGGCAGCCGAUGGCUUGGAACUUUUAAGUGCACUUGCAGAGCAGAAGAGACAAGAACAAGAACAGCUUAGAUGGCCUAGUACUAAGCAGGAAAUAAAGCUAGUGGAUGUUAAUGAGAACUACAAACCUCCAGUUCUUACACGAGAGCUCAAUAAAUUGAAAACGGACAGCGUUGCCAUUCCUAACAGUGUCAGUUAUACUAUAAAGAAGGAAUAUGUUGCACAGCGAGCAUCGGGUGGAUACCAAAAUUCCGAAGGAGGUGAAAGGAUGGAUUCCACAGAGUUGGAGAUGAGAAUGAAACUGGCAGAGUUGCAGAGAAGGUAUAAAGAGAAACAGAGAGAGCUGGCAAAGCUGCAACCUAAAAAAGAAAAAGACCAUAAUAAUAAACACCCAGCAAAGAGAGGACCAGGAAGACCGAGAAAGAAAAAAGUUGAUGAAAAAGAACAAAAAGUUAAAAGCAGCCUGACAUCUGUAAAAUUAAAAAACAACAAAGCUAAGAGAAUCGUCCAGAAGAAAAAGCUUCAGAGUGAGCUGGCAGCGCUUAAAAAGGCCUCCAGUAAAUUCAUGAUUGAGGUAAACAAGAAAUCUCUUAUAAAACCCAGCGUGUUUGGUGCAGGUUUGGGAGCCCAGAGGACAACAAGUACUCGAAGAUCGUCAGACAUGGGAGCCGCUGUUUCACCAAGAAGGGCAUCUUCCAAAAGCCCAGCUCGUAGUGAAGACUCUUUGUCAUUCAAAAAUUUAGAAAAAAAUGGAGAAGAGCCUGUUAAAAGAAAACGAGGCAGACCUAGAACCAGACCACUUGUUGGAAAAGAAGGGAAAGUUGCUGUUCCGUGCAAUAUGCCAACUCUUUCCAGUACCCAGCCAGUGAUUAAGAAACGCAAGCCAGGCCGCCCGAAGAAAUUCAACCCCACAAAACCCUCUGCUGGACAGACAGAAACUAUUGUUGCCAAAAAGCCAAAGAGCUAUGGAAUGCUGUCAGUGAUGAAUGACAAACAAUCCACAAAGUCGCCAUCACUGAUGAACCAACUGCAGGUUGAUACAAACUGUAAUAUGUUCCUGGAUGAAGAGUGGAAUCGUAGGAGAAGCGAAAGAAUAUUUCUUAAUGACACCAGUCCAUCGCCGUCUCCAUCUGGUCCCAAUACAAACCCAUUCAAGGGGUCGGGAACCAUGAAUAUGAUGCUGGGUCGCCCCAAAGCCAAGAGCACAGCUCAAACCAUGUCACAGAAAGUUACCAAGAAAUAUGCCAAAGCCAAAAUGAACAAGGGACAAACUGACAAGUCAAAAUCUCUCCUGUCUCGGCUGAAGAACCAGCGUAUUAAAUUUAGUCAAGUGUACACUGACUCAGAGUCUGACAGCAGCAGUGAUGGUGACAAUGUUCCCCUCAGUGCUCUGAGAGAGAGGCCAACAACUCCUGAGCCAAGAUCUUGCGUGAUUGCCAAAGAAGAGCUGAAAGAUGGACUGAGGGUGCUGCUGCCCAAAGAUGGCCAUUUUUAUGAGGGCCAAGUGAAGGCUAUUCAACCUCCAGAUAUCUAUGGGGUUGUGAUAGAUGGAGAGAGAGGAGGAAGGCCCCAUAUCUACUCACAAGAAGAGUUGCUGAAAGAAGCUAUCAUAGAUGUGAGGGUAGGUUCUCCCAGAUAUCUCCCAGAGGGCGCUAGAGUCUGUGCGUAUUGGAGCCAACAGUUCAGCUGCCUUUACCCUGGCACUGUCAGCAAAGGAAGUCCAAAUCCAUACACCUCCAGCAGCAAGCACUUGAUCAAUGUGGAGUUUGAUGAUGGCGACUCUGGCAAGAUACCAAUUGAUCACAUUCGGCUCCUCACACCAGAUUAUCCCAUUAUUAAUACUGAACCAAGCCCACUGUUGUUGGUUGGUAAAAGAAGACGUAGAACAAUCUCAGAUGAGUUGGCAGCUGAUAGCAGAGAAAAGAAGCUUACAGUGGCCAACACAAUCACUGAAUAUCAGCGCCAGCAUAGUGCACCAGAGGUCAAGGUCAAGAGAGGACCAGGAAGGCCACCUAAAAAGCCAAAGAUGGAGCCACCAGCCCUUAGCAAAUUUGAUGAAGGUGGUGGCUUAGAUGAUGAAGUUUUCUUGGAGGAAAACUUGAGUAAACUCUCUCUGGGUAAGCCUCGUGGAAGGCCACCUAAGUUUAAGACUGGCAUGUUGUCAAAGAAGAUCAAAGGACAUCAUCAAUUGGAACAUUCCAGGUUGAAACACAAGAAGCACAAAAUAAAGGAAAAAUAUAGGAAAAUAAGUAUGGCCAGCCUGAAGCAUCAUCAGCACUUUGGUAGCGUUAUAUCUAAGUCCAACAGUUACGCUCUUAAUGAUGACGACGUGUUCGGCCUGCCAAGCUCGGAGCUGUUGCAGGGACUUAAACUGCCGCAGAAUGAGUACAGAACUCCCAGCAGCUGUUAUGGAUCCAAAUUGAAACCAGGCAGCGGGGAUUCUGGGAUGCAAGAUGACAGUGAUAGUUCGGAUAACAGUUCAUCCGAGGAGUCAGAUUACAGUGAAGAGGAGAGUUUGUCCGAAUUGUCAGAUGAUGACUUGGACAGUGACCACAAAUCUUCCUCCAAGAGCAAAGUAAAAGGUACUAGUCAGCAACAAGGUGGAAUGAAAAAGAAAAGGGCUGACAGGACGCCCUCUAUUGAGCAAAGUAGAAUGGCAGCUUUCCUACCUGCACGUCAGUUAUGGCGCUGGUUAGGCACAUCAACUAAGAGACCUGGCCUUAAAGGGAAGGCAAAGAAGGAAUUUUACCGUUCAAUUUGCAGAAGUAAAGAAACCAUUGAGGUUGGUGAAAGUGCAGUAUUUUUGUCAACAGGGCGACCCAACUGCCCGUAUAUUGGCCGUAUUGAGAGCAUGUGGGAGGCGUGGGGAGGCAACAUGGUGGUAAGAGUCAAAUGGUUCUAUCACCCCGAGGAAACCAAGGGAGGGCGCAAACUACUGGAGAUGAAGGGUGCCCUGUACCAGUCUCCACAUGUAGAUGAAAAUGAUGUCCAGACGAUAUCUCACAAGUGUGAAGUUAUCUCGUACCAGGAGUACAAAAAUCGUAGAAUACGAGGAUUGUUAGAUGAAGAUGUCUACUAUUUAGCUGGUUCAUAUGACCCCACUGUUGGAACUAUUGCUCACGAGCCGGGGGUUCUGGGGUCAAGCUAGGCGUUGCUCUUUCAUACAUGGAGGACAAAAAGAUUCACUUCCCUGGGUUUUAGCUGGAGUAUUGCUUUUUUACAAGUAAAGUUACAGGAAACACAGAACCCUAGAACUAAGUUGAAAACAAGUGAGUAAAUAAAUGAAGCAUUGGAGAUAUACAACCUGCAAUAUCAAUUGAAAAUGAGGAUGUUCAAGUUGUUAGGAUUUCAGUGUAUGGAAGUGUAUUUUUAUGUUGGCAAGCAAGAAGGCCAGGCUAACAAAGAACUAUAACACAUCCAAGUUCCUUUAUAUGCUGGGAAUUUUCCAAAAAAUAUUUUAAAAGUCUGGUAAGCAAAUAUGUUGUCAAAAAGGAACACUAUAUAAUGGUGGAUUUUAUUAUUUCAAAAGGAUUCAUAGACAUUUUAUUAAUAAAAUUGCUCGUUUUUUAGGAAUAUAACUUAGCUCAAUAUUGUUAUAGAACUGAAAUAAUGAGAUCUUUGUACCUUUCAUGGUGUUAAACUGAUCAUAUUUAACUUGCUUUUUGUAGUAUUUUUAGUGUUUUUAAUGAUGCAGCAUGCACAAGUCCACUAAUUUCUUCUCUUUUUGUUUAAAUCACUCUUUCCAGUUUUAUCUACUUAUUAAAUGAAGUGUAUGUAUACUAUGCCCUAGUAGUAACAGGUUUGCUGCUUGUAUUAUAUUAUCGUCUCGUUGAGAAGCAGAAUAUGAUAUCAGAUACUCAGAAGUAGGAGUUUUACACAGAUGUUUGUGUAAUUUCAUGUUUCUAGUUUAGUGCCAUAUAUUUCAUAAGUUUCAAGCAGUGCUUAUUCACUUUGUACAGUGCUUUUUUAAACAUGUUACAGCAUCUAAAUUGUCAUUGUUAAAAAGUAUGGAAAAUGUUGAUACGGUUGUCUCCAAUAUCUAGGGGCAGCUUCUUGAACUGUGAUAAGUGAAAUGAAUUUUAAUGUUGAUGCAAGAGAGGAACGUUCAUUGCAGUCGUACAUAUUUUGUAUACAGUGGAAUGUAGCCGAGUGACCAAUCAGAGCUGAACUUAGGAUGAAGGAUUAAGCUUAAAUUUUGUAGUUGUCAUAUUGCACCAAAACAAUGUUCUGCACAUUAUCAGUACUGCAAGCCUUUCUUUUUAUAUGUAAUGUUGUGAUGAAGUGAAAGCCUUUUUUGUUUUUGAGGAGAAAAAGAGUGUGGGAGUGUGACAGCAACUAUAUACAGUCAUUUUUUGAAACAUUUCCAUCUUAGCUUUGAGAGCUAUUUUAAAGACGUACUGGUGCUCAAUGUUAGAAAUACAGUGUAAAAUGAAUAUAUGAAUAGUAUGAAUAAUGCACAAUCUUUAUUUUUUAAGUAAAAAGUAAGAACAGAGCCUUGAAAGGACUUAUAAAGUCCUGAUCUUAUACCAAAGCACAAGAAAUUAUUGUGAUGUUCAAUUGCAGACUUUAAUACGUGUCAUUGGAGCAAAUCACAAGUAAUUCGGCCACAGUCUCUAGUCCUACUUCCUGUAUGCCGUUGAAGCAAUACAUAUGGUGCAAUUGUUGAUUUAAGUCCAGACGUGGAUUUGCUGUUUAAUUUUGGUCUUAAAAUUUUGUAGUUUUAAUUCAACACAGAACAAAGCAGUCUUGACAGCUGCUUUUCAGUAAAUAAGAAAAUCUUCCAAAUCGGUAUAUGAAAGCUGGUUCCCAAUGCAUUUAUAUGUGAAAUACCGCUUUUUUAUGUGAACUAUAAAAAAGGUUUGUGAGGGAGGGGGUGGCGAUGUUAUUAUGAUAUUGUGUAACAGCUAUGCUGUAAAAAUACAGAAAUAAACAUAAAUACAUGGAA